AUGCGUUUCCCCCUCAGUGGCCAAGAUCCCAGCUUAACAAAGCAAAAUAGUGCGGUUGCUAUCCAGUUCGACGCUUCCUUUGCCAUGGGGCCUAGAUCAGCAUUUACUUGGCCUGGGUCACUUGAUGCAGGAUCCUCAGGGCAAAGUGUUCUCGGAACGGACCUCAGUUCGCUCGUCAGCGGCUCCGAAGCAAGCUUGACUCCUCCCAGCGAAACCAGAUCAUUGGCAUCUAGCCCACCACGCGGAUCCAUGACCCCUGAAGAACAGGAGAUGAAGCGACACAGAGAUAGAGCCCGCAGAGAGGUCAAGAUGACGACAAGGAUGCGACGUACCGAUAGUGCCUCGUACACUACCUCGCCGCCGCCCAUCGCAUUGAACGAUGUUUCCAGUGCUAUUCCUCUGCCACUUUAUUCAACGGCGCCCUCAGUGUCUAUCCUCGCGGACCCUUCUCCAGCCUUACACAACCAGACGUAUCUUUCGACAUAUAAUCAUGCCCUACAGGAUGCAUCGCACACUUCACAGUUGUUCACUUCCUCUCCUUACCAACAGUCAAUAUCAUCGCCAUACAGCAUGUCAAUGGACUACCCUGGCACCAUCUACUCUUCUUCAGGCGACUUUAGGAAUCACAUAGCACUCGUGGCACCUCUCUUUCCGUCUCGCAGGAUACAAGCCUCCUUUACUCCGUACCCACGGCUCCGCAAGUUACCCAUACCAACAACGGCCAAGAAGGUAGUCACGUCAGAGUUGUGCAGAGUCGACCAAAACCUCGAUGCUGGGAGCACGGCUGCAAUGGCAGACAAUUCUCCACCUUUAGCAACCUACUUCGACAUCAGCGAGAGAAAUCGGGCCAAGCGGCCAAAGCAUCAUGCCCAAACUGUGGAGCUGAAUUCACACGAACUACGGCAAGAAAUGGACACUUGUUGCACGAUAAGUGUAAGCAGCGAAGAGGCAACAACUAAAGCAACGAAAUUCAUCGGAGACGCCCAUCAAUACGGAUUCCACGACUAA